ACGAUGGUUUCGAUGGUUCAUAAGUGGUUUGGUUUUCAACUGAAGAACAUCUUCGUUCGGAAGAUUCCUCUAGUCUACAAGCACUUCAUGCAAUGAGGCUGAUAUUAGUCGCGGUUGUGGUUUUGAGAUUAAACUCAUAUAUCGUACUGGGUGUUCCAUUGCCAGCUUCUAAUGACCAGAUCGAAGUCAUUGAUCAAUUCGCAGAUCAAGAGCCAGAAAAAUUUAAUUGGAGUUACGUGUUGAGUGAUGGUCGCACAGUAUCUCAGAGUGGUUUCAUAAAGGAAUUGGAAGAUGGCGCUAGGGUGUUGGUGAUCACCGGCUCUUACAGCUAUAUUGCUCCCGAUGGUACGAAAUAUACCGUCGACUAUAGCGCUGAUGAGAACGGUUAUCAUCCUGUGGUUACCGUCGGAGAAAAUGUGCCACCGCUUCUUGGAUUGGACCACAAACUUCUUCUAUCUCUUGUGGGGUAACGGUUAAUUGUUGCAAUUUUUUACAUCAAUAUACAAAAGUAAGACUAAUCAUACCUUCAGUAAUGCAUAUCAUAUUCUUUCAUGUAAAUAAUUUGUCAUAAUAA